AUGUCUGCUUAUGCUAAGUUCUUGAAGAAUAUCUUAUCCAGAAAGAGGAAGUUAGAGAAAAUGACAAUGGUCAAGCUGAAUGCCCACUGCAGUGCCAUAUUGCAAAAUAAAUUUCCUCAAAAGUGGGACCCGAGAAGCUUCACCAUACCAUGCUCGUUGGGGAAUGAGAAAUUUGACAAGGCUCUAUGUGACUCUGGUGCUUCUAUAAAUUUAAUGCCUUUGUUUGUGUUCAUGAAACUUGAAGGUGAGCUUGGAGUGUUUAAAUCCAUACCAGUGUCCUUACAACUGGCUGACCAGUCCACCAUCUUACUUGAAGGAAUCAUCGAAGAUAUUCUAGUAUGGAUGGGCAAGUUUGUGUUCCCCGUAGACUUUAUUGUGGUGGACAUGGAAGUGAAUAAGGAGGUGCCUCUGAUUCUAGGGAGGUCUUUUCUAUAUACAGUUAGAGAAAUUCUUGAUAUCUACGAGGAGCAACGACUUAUGCUUAGAGUGGGUAACGAUAAAGUGGUGUUCCAUAUAAAGAGAAUGAUGAAAUAUCCCAGUGAUGAGGCAUCUGCCUACUCGUGUUUUAAACUUGCUAUUGUUGGGGAGUUGGAUGAAAAAUACAAGUUUGAUAAGCUUGUAGGGGAUACUCUAGAGGGGUGUAUUACUCAAUAUAGCACAGUGGAGGAUGAAGAUCCUGAAAUAAAGAAAGAGGCUGAAGUUCUUAAGACUGAGGAUCAAGUGGUUGAUGAAGAGGAACUCAAUAAGGAGGCGUCUAAGCCUAGUGUAGAAUUGAAAGUCCUCCCUACUCACUUGAAAUAUGCUUUUCUUGAGACUAACAAUUUUUUUGUGAUUAUUUCUGCUUACUUAACAGGUGCACAGGAACAAAAGUUGGUAGAGAUGCUGAGGAAGUACAAGAAAGCCAUUGGCUAG